AUGGUUGCGCCAACUUAUAACAUCUCAAUAUUCCCUUAUUUUCCAACUUUUACCGGUGGUCAACCAGUUCCAGAUUGUCAAAAAGACCCAAAUCUUUGCAAAUACAUUCCUUGGACAUUUGAUGGUAUCGAAAUUUUUCAAUUCAAUUUUUUAGCACCGUUUUGUAUGACAAUUUUUGAUUUCCUUGUGCAAUUCAUCAAUCUGAAUGUUUUGCUUAAAAAGGGAUAUUUGAAAAAUGGACCAUUCUUUAAGAUUUUAUUCAUAAUGUCUAUAAGUAUCAUUAUUCGUUGUCUACAUAAUGUUGUGAAUUACAGUGGCGCUGCAAUUUACAGAGAUGAUACUGCAGCUUAUGCAAUUCACAUGCGAAAUGCUGUAUAUUCAGAUUUUUUCUUCAGUUUUUUCCUAUUCACUUUGAUAUUUUUGAUGUCUCUAAAUCGAUGUUUAUGCUUUAUUUCGAAAUAUUGGAAUGAUUUGAUCUUUGAAGGAUAUUCCUAUCUGAUCGCAGUCCUGAUAUCAUUCUCAAUUUCAAUUCUAGCAACAAUAAUCAGUAUUCGAAGCUCAAAAAUCAAGCGAGUUUUCUACUAUGACGCCGGAUUCAUUGAUUUCAGUGAAAAUUCCGAUGGUUAUCAAACAAUGAUCGGAAGAAUCUUCUAUAUAUUUCCAUUUGGUUCCACAAUUUGCUAUAUCAUUUUGUUCCGAUUUUUAAGAAAACAAUCAAAUAUGGUAUUUUCUAGAAAUGCCGAGCAAAAAAUCUUCGCGCAACUCUUGGUUACAGUUUUGUUCUACGGAAUUAUUUGCAUUUCUUUCGAAACGAUAACAAUUCUAGAAAGUGUUAUAGACAUUGAUAAUCUGAUGUUUUUGAUAUCACUUUUGGGGAUUAUUAAUUAUCUUCCAGAAAUUGCACUUCCUUUGAUGUUUCUGGUGUCAAUUCUUGAUUUUCGCAAAAAAACUAUGAAAAUCGAGGUUAGUACAGUGGCUUCAAAUUCGGUACAACGACACUCCGCUUGUUGA